GUUUAUUGAUUAAAUAAACUGUAGGUUUUGCAUGUAGGAAAUAUAUAUUCUUUUUCAUAAUGGAAGUGGAUGUUGUCUUUUAAACACAGGAGUUUUUCAAGUUUUUCCCAUUUUAUGGUGAAGCAGAAUGCUAUUCCUGUUCAUUAUCAAGUCUGAUAUGAAUCUCCUCAAGAACCAACAACAAUGGGGGCCAUGAGGGACGCCUGCCAGCGCAAGGUGCAGUUCGAGUCUCCCUCCCACCAGGGCACCCUGCUGAGCGGGCUCAACACCCUGCGCAGCCAGGGCCUGCUGCUGGACAUCACCCUGGUGGCGGGGGGCAUGGCGUUCCGGGCGCACCGCGUGGUGCUGGCCUCCUGCUCGGACUACUUCCGCGCCAUGUUCACGGACGCCAUGCGGGAGCGGGGACAGUCCGAGGUGGCGCUGGAGGGCGUGACCGCCGAGGGCAUGCGCUACCUGCUGGAGUACGCCUACACCAGCAGGCUGGCCCUGAGCCUGGCCACUGUGCAGGACGUGCUGUCUGCCGCCAGCCAUGUGCAGCUGCAGGCGGUGGUGGAGGCCUGUGCCUCGUACCUGCGGGAGCAGCUCGACCUGGACAACUGCGUGGACGUGGCCACCAUUGCAGAGAUGUACUGCCUGCAGCAACUCCUCAAGGAGGUGUACCUGUUCAUCUGCGGCAACCUGAAGCGCUUCUCGGGGCGGCCGGAGUUCCUGCGGCUGUCGGGGGCGCAGCUGGAAUAUGUGCUCAAGUGUGAUUUUCCCGUCGACUGCUCCGAGGCAGAGGUGCUCGGAGUGGUGCUCAGAUGGAUAGAGCACCAGCCACACGAGAGGAUACAGUAUGCGAGGCCAUUGCUCAGGUACGUCCACUUCAGCGAGAUCUCGUCGGCAGAUGUCGGCACCUACUUCGAGUCCCCUGUCCUCAAGUGCCUUCGCAUGGGCGGCCUCUGGUCCAGCAACAUCGGGAUGUGGCGCGCUGCCUCCUGGCCACAGCAGCAGCAGCGUCAGGAAUCUGCCCUGGUCAACUCACGUGGCAUGGAGCUGGCCAUCCUCAAGGUGGGCGGCUUCGGCAUCAGCGGCGUCACCAACGACAUCGCCUACUACCUGCCCGGGGGAGGCAAGUGGCGCUACCUCACCUCCAUCCCACACGUGGAGCAAUGCAACUUCGGUACCGCAGUCCUCCACAAUGAGCUGUUCGUGGUGGGGGGCUGCUUCAACCAGAGCCUCCAAGAGAACGUACACCCCUUCGGGUUCCGCUACAGCCCGCUCACCAACGCCUGGUCCACCAUGGCGCCUAUGCAACGGGAGCGAUGCCGCUUUUCGCUGGGUGUGGUGGGGGGUGCCCUGCUGGCAGUGGGCGGGGCAGGGGAAACGGAUGUCGUGGACGACUGUGAGCGUUACGAUCCGGUUGCCGAUGCCUGGACGCCCCUGGCCUCCUUGCCGGGGCCCAGGACGCAACACGCUGGGGCGUCCUGGCGGAACUACCUAUAUGUAUCAGGCGGAUUGGACCAGGACCUAGUCCUGGACUCCCUGUGGCGCCUGGACACAGACACUGACCGAUGGGAGGCAUGUGCACCCAUGAUCACACCUAGAGCCGAUCACUCCAUGGUGUGUUGUGGGGACGAAAUCUACGUGUGUGGGGGAUGGUACGAGGACGAGAGCACCACUUCGCGGGUGCUCGUUGACACGGUGGAUUGCUACAGCAUUGUGAGGGACACAUGGACCGUACUGACGCGGGUCCCGACGCCCCGCUAUCAUGCGGGGGUGGCGGUGAUCGGUGCUCGGCUGUACAUAGUGGGCGGCUUCCACUCGGCCACCACCUUCGACCGCGCCAGUGGUGUAGUGGAGUGUUAUGACCUUGAGUCUGGCAUCUGGACUGUGGGUGACAACUACCCGCAGGACAUCUGGGAGCAUGCAUGCUGCACCCUGUAUGUGCCUCGCUGCAGGGACGACCUUGAAGUCAUCCCUGAUAAGGACAUCUCCUGAGGCUCGGUGCAGGGAUGACCUUGGGGCCAUCCUGGACAAGGACAUUUCUUGAGGCUCAAUACUCUGUUUGUUGUUGGCGGGCUCUGUUUGAAUCUGCUGUUAUGAUUAUAUAUCAAAUUAUUACAUACAACUUUGCUAAGCUGCUGUGCUUGUCAGAGUUUGUUUGUUGAAAUUGUUGCUCUUUUUCAGAUUUCUCUUAUACUCACUCAA